CGCGGCUGCGAACGAUGCUCCCAUGAAGAGGAACGACGACCACGCGGACGCGGAGACCGCUUGGGCCGCGCUGGCCAGCAUGAACACCUUCAAGGAUCUUCACGACGAGCCUCCUUUGUUGCAAGCCAUAUUUCAUGGAAAUGUGGAGGCAGUUCGUACGUUGCUAUCGCAAAAAGAGGAUGUCAAUUGGCAAGACAAGGAGCAACGUUCCCUUUUACACGCGGCAGCAUACAGGGGAGAUACCGCUAUUGUAGAACUUCUCUUGUUAAACGGUGCGGCGGUCAACAACAAAGACAAGAAAUGGUUGACUCCCUUGCACCGAGCCUGCUGCUCGGGCAAUUACAACGUGGUGGACAUUCUGUUGAGGUACAAAGCGGACGUAAACGCCCGAGACCGCAAUUGGCAGACGCCUCUUCAUGUAGCGGCGGCAAAUAACGCUGUUCAGUGCGUGGAACUAUUAAUGCCGCACUUGUUAAACAUCAACGUCACAGACAGAUGCGGGAAAACGUGUCUUCAUCACGCGGCGUUCAACGGACAUCUUGAAAUGUGCGAAUACCUGAUGCAGUUCGGUUGCGUGAUAAACGCCUCCGACAAGAAGGACCGCAGGGCUUUGCAUUUCGCGGCGUACAAGGGCCACAACGAGAUCGUGAAAGCGCUAAUAGCGAAAGGCGCCGACGUGGAUGUUAAAGAUCGAGAUUUGUAUACUCCGUUACACGCAGCGGCCGCUUCCGGUAAUGCGGAGUGCGUGCAGAUUUUGAUCCAAGCCGGCGGCGACAUCGAGGCGAAGAACGUGUACGGAAAUACGCCGCUGCAUAUCGCGUGCUUGAACGGAUGUCCCCUCGUGAUCAAGGAGCUUAUAGCCAAUCACGUUAAUUUGGAGGCCGUGAAUUAUCGGGGGCAGACCGCGUUGCACGUCGCCGCCGCCAGCGUGCACGGUGUUCACUGUUUCAAGAUGCUGAUAUACAACGGGUUGAAGGUCAACGUGCAGUCGGAGGACGGCCGUACGCCGUUGCACAUGACCGCGAUCCACGGGAGAUUCACGAGAUCCAAAACGUUGCUGGACGCGGGAGCCUUUCCGGACGCGAGAGACAAGAAUGGAAAUACGGCAUUGCACAUUGCCGCCUGGUUUGGCUUCGAGUGCCUGACGACAUCCCUAUUGGAGAGCGCAGCGUCUCCAGCUACGCGCAACGCACAGCAACGUACACCUUUGCAUCUCAGCUGCCUAGCGGGGCACAUAGAAGUUUGUAGAAAAUUAUUGCAACUCGACAGCAGGCGGAUCGACGCGCGAGAUAUCGGUGGUAGGACGGCCUUACAUCUGGCAGCAUUUAAGGGUUCCGUGGAUUGCUUGGAUCUGCUGCUGUCCAGCGGUGCGAAUUUCAAACUUGUCGACAACGACAAUCGAUUGGCCCUUCAUCAUGCCGCGUGCCAAGGGCACUACCCUUGCGUCUUCACUCUGGUCGGAUUCGGUAGCGACUCGAACGCUCAGGACGUGAAUGGCGCGACGCCGUUACAUCUGGCCGCAGCGGCGUCGAAUUCUAACGCUCAGUCUUUCAAGUGCGUGCAGUACCUGCUGCAGCACCGGGCGGAUCCGCGUUUACGCGACAAACGCGGCUUCACUGCGAUCCACUACGCGGUGGCGGGCGGCAAUAAAGCGGCAUUGGAGGCGCUUCUGAACGCGUUGUCUGACGCGCCUUCGAAUCCGUCCGCUUCGCUCAGCUCCUCGUCGAUCGGGCAGGAGCUGUCCGUGCCGGCGCUCACUCCGAUACACCUCGCGGCGUAUCACGGUCACGAUGAGAUCUUGCAGCUGCUCCUUCCCCUGUUCCCUAAUACGAAUAUCAAGGAGGACAGCGGAAAGACGCCACUAGAUUUGGCCGCCUACAAGGGGCACAAGCAAUGUAUCUUGCUCCUGCUGCGAUUCGACGCUUCCGUGGCGGUCCAGGACUCUGUCACGAAGCGCACACCCGUGCACUGCGCCGCCGCGACAGGUCACGCGGAAUGCCUGGCUCUGCUUCUGCAGAACAUGGACGAUCCCAACGUGGUGAAUUGCUGCGACUCCAAGCAGCGCACGGCCCUGACGCUCGCGGUGGCGAACAACUAUCCGGAAUGCGCGAUGCUGCUGCUGACGUACAAGGCCGAUUGCAAUCUGCCGGACGUCAAUAAGCAUACGCCGCUGUUUCGCGCCGUGAUCAACGAGCGCGACAAUCAGCUGGUGAAAUUGUUGCUGAAGCACGGCGCGGAGGUGGCCGUGCAAGAUAUGAACGGUAAAACACCGUUACAUUUGGCGGCGGCUUGCGGCAGAUUGUACGCUUUAGCCGCACUCGUUAAAGCCGAUUUAACCGCGGCGGCCUUGAAGGACGAUCAAGGUUGCACGGUGCUGCACUGGGCCUGUUACAACGGCAACUCGAAUUGCGUGGAGUAUCUUUUGAAUCAUAACGUGUUCGAUUCCUUGGAAGGUAAUCCGUUCUCCGCCGUACACUGCGCCGUGUAUCAGGGAUCUGCGCACUGUCUGGACCUGCUGAUUAACAAGUUCGGCGGGCAAGCGGUUGCCGCCCCGAGGGACUCGUCGUGCGGCUUAUUACCGCUGCAUGUCGCGGCGAGCGCCGGGUCCGUCGAGUGCGCGCGAUUGAUUCUGAAUUCGGUCGGACCGGAGCAAGCCGGACUCGAGACAACCGACUACUUCGGACGGACGCCGCUCCUUUGCGCGGCCGUCAACGGGCAGUGCAACGCUAUCGAAUUACUGCUCGAAUGGAAGGCCAACGUGCGCGCCGUCGACUCCAACAAGAACACGGCGCUGCACCUAGCGUGCCAGAGACGUCAUUCCGCCGCGGCGUCGUUACUCCUAAACUGGAUCGAGUCGCUCGGCGGCUCCGACAGCGACAAGAACACGUCGCAGUCGCAGCGCGUCUCGGUCAUCAACAUGGUCAACAAGCAGCAGAGAACGCCGCUGCAUCUGGCGGCGAGGAACGGUCUCGUGACGAUCACGCGACGAUUGUUGCAACUGGGCGCGAGUGUCAUAGCUGUCGACGCCGAAGGACUCACGCCCGCGUUAGCCUGCGCCCCAAAUCCGGCGGUGGCCAAGUGUUUAGCGACUAUUCUCGCCGCGCAGGGUCAAAACGGAGAAACCGCGCAAUACUCGCCGGCUAUUCAGCACACGUUGGAGGUGUAUCUGAACGGCGUGGACUCGCAGCACAGCUCCGACUCGGAGUUUUACUGACAGCGAGCGUCGACACGCUCGGAUCGUCCAGCGUUCCGAGCGAGAACGAGACGCGGCAACAUCGAUGCCGCUAGACUGAUCUGCAUGAGCUGCUGGCUCUUUUCCAUUCUAGCGUAAGCUGGAGCGCCUCCGAUUCCGGCGAGCGAGACUGCCGUACGAAUGGAUCUCCAACACCGGCGAGAACACGUCGCGAUCGCAUCUCCGUCGUUAAAUAUGAUCAACAAGAGAACGCCGCUGCAUCUGGUGACGAGAAAACGGUCUCGUGACGGUAAGCUGAGAUUGUUUUUAGCGAUACGCGGCCGGUGACUAGUAUAAGUAACAAUAAUAAAAAAAAAUUGUAAGUAACAAUCGUGACAAUACCGGUGUCUGACGUGUCUGUGCUGUCGAGAACUCGGUUAAACAGACCUGCGUUCAGCAUCAUUCUAACAUAAAUAUUUGAAUACUGCAUGCACACAUGUUUUACUUCCUCCCAGAAGUUGAUGAGCUUUUUAAAAAAUCAGUUUUCAAAUGUAAUAAUCGGUGUCCGUUAUUAUCAAUUCCUUUAAUUCUGCAAAAUUUAUAAUUCUGUGAAAUCGAUAAAAAAAAAACGGAUAAUCCGAAAAUAAUCGCGUUCAAUCAGUUAAAACAGACCUAUGUUCGGCAUCUCUUUUAAUAUCUGAAACAUAGAUGUUUACCUCUUAUACAUAGAACAAGUUAAGACAGUUUCGCUGUUUAUGCGAUCCCCAUCUUUCGUAGCCUACAACUUGUGAAUAUAAUAUUUAGUGCACAUAUAUACCUCUUAUAUUUCGAGCGAUAUGUUUGCCUCUAUAAUUUUCUAAAUCAAGCACGUCGGUUAAUGGUAAUGCGUAACAAUAGGAUCCUCUCACAAUCGAUUAACGCGAGUCUCGAAUAUGGACCACACCGAAUAAUAAUAACAAUAAUAAUAAUCGCGAACACAAGUAAUAAUAGUUGCGUUAAGUAAGUCUCAAAUGCAAUUAUGAGGCCCGUUCUUUAUAGUUUAACUGGCUGCACUAGUUCACAGUUUUAUCUUUCUUUUUUUUUUACGUUAGAAGAAGAAGGAUAAACUCGUGAACCAGUGCAGCCAGUUCAGCUAUAAAGAACAGGCCUAUAGAUUUAACAAUGAAACAGCGGCGUGUCGUUGGUUUUGUAGUCGAAUAGAUGUAGCAAUAAAGAAAAGCGCAAUUCA